GGCCAACCCCACUGAUCACCCUACUCACCUCUCGAUAUCCGCCUACCACCACCUGAUAUUCACCAUGUAUUAAUUCCAUUCUGAUCAAAGAUAUCCGCAUACCAAGAUGUCGACACAAACUUUUGUAGAAAUCCUAUUAGCCAUUGUUCUUCCUCCUCUUGGUGUUAUUUUCAAGUUUGGCUGCAAGGUGGAAUUCUGGAUAUGUUUGCUUCUAACCUUGUUUGGGUGGAUCCCUGGAAUUAUUUAUGCUGUCUAUGUAAUCACCAAGUGACUCGACCACAACUGCUAAACAUUUGGUAAUUAAUUUUCAGUUUCUUUGUUUAUGCAUAAUUGCUUUGGUUAUUGUUCAAAAUGAAAUGUGAUAAAUAAGAUCACAAUGGCUUAAUAAUAUCGAGCCACUUAUUGUCUCAUUGAAUGGAAUAGUCAUACUCAAUUUACUAAAUGUUAUCAAUUCUUGUGAGCGAUGUCAAUAAAUCGAGUAGAAGAUAUAGGUUUGGUCAUGUUGGGGAAAAUGUAAGAUCCUCAAUUUUGUAUUAAAUCGGUUAGGCCAUGUUCUUGUAUUUUGUAACCCUUAUAUGGAAUAAAGAUUGUUGAGUUGGAAUAAAAACUCGAGUAUUAAGUAUUUGUCGUGUUGGUGUACUGCUUUAGUUUUAUAAAUCUCAUUAUGAAAUGUAAAACGUUUCUAUGCGUGUGAUAAUAGAAGUAAGGUGAGAAGUUUUAAUUAGCAACAUAAUGGAAUUGUCAAUAAAACUUUUGCAAGAGAUUGUAUGGUGAUGCAUGCAAAUAAUGGGAUUUCGGGAAUAUAUGCUGUAAACCUUGUGACACUUUAUAACAUGUUACAAAAAUUCAUUAGGCCCACCUUGCGAGAAAUCAUGACGUCAAAGUUAUGCAGUUGAAUGUUAUAUGUGACGUGCACAUGGGACAUCCCAUGUAUGGCGUACGAGAAAUGCGACAUACAUGACAUGAACGUCACAGGUGGCUGCGUGUGUUGUAUUCCUUUUGGCUAAGGAUGAUACAUGGUU